CAUUCCAAUCAAUUUGAACUGUUGAUCUAUUUUACAAAAAUCCUAACCUCCAUUAAUUUAUUUUAGAGAAAAUUACAUGAUUACCCUCUUCCUCCUCCAUUGUUUCCCUGGCCGUCUCGAUCAGUGAGACUCUUCUGCAAUCCUUAUUCUCCCCAUCCAAUCUGUACCUCAAGGGUUCGUCUUCCGAUAACAGUUCCAAGAGCACAACCCCAAAAGCAAACACGUCGGAUUUCUGAGUUCCGAUCCCGGUCGCCUGAAAUUCCGGCGACAUGUAACCUCUCGUACCUUCGAAUCUCAUGCUCCGACUCUGCUCUCUUCAAUCUCGACAAGAACUACGACGAGGAUUUCGGGACCUCUGUAUACUCGGGGAUCUCUCCGCAGAGUUCUACCAUGCCGAAAUGACAGAACCUCGCAUGAAUCGUUGGUUGAUCUGUGACGAUCACGCCGGUACUCUUGAUAUGGUUGUGGACGAAAUUCUGGUUCAACUGAAAUGAGUUGUGGAUGUAAUCGAGCCCUUUGGCGAUAUCGAUGGCCACCUACAUUCGCGACAUCCAGUUGGAGAGGAUAGCCGUUCGCGGAGCCUGGAAUCUUAUAUGGAGUGUCGCAACCUACGCUGGAAGACGAUGGCGUCCUUGUCGUGGAGGGAGCAACGCCAGGCAGCCGACGAAGUGGAGUAGCAUGUUUGGCCCGGAGGUUGUUGGUUGCGACGCAUAUUUCGGAAAAAUCAUAGAUGUUGGGGUUAUCAGGCAAGGAUCAUUCAAGGCGAAGAUGUUUACCUUUCGGUGAAAGUAAUAAAUAUCUCUCAAAUUCAUUAAAACCAAAUUUACCGUGGAGAUUUAUUGUAGCGUCCAAAAGGCAGCAGCGACCUUUUAGCCCAAAAUUUUUCUACUUUUCUACCUGUCAUUCGUAAUCGGACACUCACUUUCAUCUAAUCAUCUCUCCCCCAUCCACACACACACACACUCUGCGGACUCUGCACACACACACCCUCUCUCUCUGCAUCCCGGCAUGGAUGUGAGAUUCUCUGCUAAAGCUCAAACUCUAACGUUAGUUUCAUGCGUCCGUGCUACCCCAUCUUCUUAUUCAUCUGCUCCGGCGUUAUAUUGUACUUCAUAUUCCUCCUGCUCUACCCGAUGUUGUAAUGUUCGGAGAGAGUUCCUAGGUUGUAUCCACCGGUUAAGAUCUCCUGGCAUUCGCUUUCGAAGGAAAAAGAAAUUUGGUGUUCAAAUUCGACCUGCGCGGCGGUUUUUCAGAGCUGAAUUGUAUUCGAAACCGAUUAUCUUCAUUGGCACUAUCGCCACCAUAGCUGCUUUCACUGCCGUCUACUUGAAUUUUACCAGAAGAAAAAAGAGUUCGAGAAAGCUUUCAGUCCCAGAAGAUUCUCAUAGCCUGGAAGGUCUUUCAUUGUCCAAAGAAGGGACAGUUUUCACAAAGCUUGGUUUCGAGAGUAGGAUUAUAGCUUUUGGAAAACUCAAUGGGGAGGAUCCUAUGAAAAGAGAAAAGGCUACAGCUGAGGAAACUUGCCAAAAUGGACAGAUUGUUGAGGAAGAAGAGGUGCAAUUAUCACAGUGUCAGAUGACUACUAUGAUGCAUGAGGAAACUCUCAGCACAAAAUCAUUGAAAUCACCUGGUUCUGGUGUUCAUCCACGUGAUAUGAGGAAAAAUAUAUAUACAGAAGAAACAGAAGGUAUGGACUUAACUAUUCCUUCUUUGGUGCUUGAUGAAGUUGUUCCACUGGGAGAAGUAAAAUUUGCAAUGGAGAUUCUAGAUUUACCAUUGGAAGAAGCCGAAAAGGAAGUUGGUCUGGGCUCUGAAUUGCCUAGACUAAAGGUCGAGUCUGUAUAUGGUGCUUCUACUCCUCCUGAAAGGGUUGCACUUGCAAAAACAGUUCAAGGCUACAAAGCAAAGCAUGAAGGGGGUCGAGGGAGUGAAGUUAAAAUUUCUGGAUGUAAUUUCUUCAGACAAUCUGUUAGAGAGGAUAUUUACACAUUUUAUGAAGGAAAACCCGCUGGAUUGAGAUCUGCGUCAAAUUUCAAUGAGUAUCUUGAAGGGCUAAUACCGAGAGCACAUUAUAAAGCAGGCUCAUUUCAUGGAAGAAAGGACUUAAAAAAAGGAAGGGAAUUUAUGCGAGAUAUGGGGGAAAGAGCUCUGGCUAAAAAUGGUGAUAAAAAUUUAGCUCAGUUGGAUCAACGUAAUGGGGUCCAUAAUGGUGAUAAGCAUGAUGCGUCAGAGAACUUGAUUGCUUACAAUCGUAUGCUGAGGGAUGGAAGGCUAACCGACUGUGUAACAUUGCUGGAAGACAUGGAACAAAGGGGCUUGUUGGAUAUGAAUGAAAUUUAUCAUGCUAAGUUCUUUAAGGCCUGCAAAAGUCAAAAGGCUGUCAAAGAAGCAUUUCGUUUUACGAAGCUGGUAGUUAAUCCAACACUGAGUACAUUCAAUAUGCUGUUGUCUGUGUGUGCAAAUUCUCAAGAUUCAGAUGGUGCUUUUGAAGCUCUGCAGCUUGUCAAGGAGGCUGGAAUGAAACCUGAUUGCAAACUUUACACUACCCUAAUAUCAACUUGUGCUAAAAGUGGGAAAGUUGAUGCUAUGUUUGAAGUUUUUCAUGAAAUGAUUAAUGCCGGAGUGGAACCAAAUGCUCAUACAUAUGGAGCGCUGAUCGAUGGUUGUGCCAAAGCUGGACAAGUUGCUAAGGCAUUCGGUGCCUAUGGGAUCAUGAGAUCCAAGAAAGUGAAGCCAGACCGAGUUGUUUUCAAUGCACUUAUCACUGCUUGUGGACAAUCAGGCGCAGUAGAUCGGGCCUUCGAUGUUUUAGCAGAAAUGAGGUUUGAACCACGUCCUGUAGACCCCGAUCACGUCACUGUUGGUGCUUUGAUAAAAACAUGCACACAAGCUCGACAAGUUGAUCGAGCUAAAGAGGUAUACAAUAUGAUGCAUGAAUAUAAGAUCAAGGGCACCCCGGAGGUUUACACUAUUGCUGUUAAUAGUUGCAGCCAGAAGGGUGAUUUGGAAUUUGCAUUAAGAGUAUAUGAUGAUAUGACUAGAAAUGGUGUGGUUCCUGAUGAGAUGUUCCUCAGUGCACUGAUUGAUGUUGCUGGGCAUGCUGGAAAAAUCGAUGUUGCCUUUGAUAUACUUCAAGUUGCCAAAAAACAAGGAUUUCAGCUUGGAAAUGUAUCAUUCAGCUCAUUGAUGGGAGCCUGUAGCAAUGCAAAAAACUGGAAGAAGGCACUGGAGCUAUAUGAGGAUAUUAAGGCCAUGGGGUUGCACCCGACUGUUUCAACAAUGAAUGCUUUGAUCACUGCCUUGUGUGAUGGGAACCAACUGCAGGAGGCUGUAGAGGUCCUUUCUGAAAUGAAGAGAUCUGGCAUAUUCCCCAAUGCCAUCACAUACUCUGUUCUUUUAAUAGCAAGUGAAAAAAAGGAUGAACUAGAACUCGGCUUUUUGCUGCUAUCUCAAGCCAAAAAGGAUGGUGUUAUCCCAAGCCUCAGUAUGUGCAGAUGUAUGACUGGUAUGUGCUUACGGAGGUUUGAGAAGGCUUAUUCACUUGGCGAGCCCAUCGUUUCUUUCAACUCUGGGAUACCUCAAAUUGACAGUAAAUGGACAUCAAUGGCCUUAAAUGUCUACCGUGAGACAAUUGCAGCUGGUGUUGUGCCUACUAUGGAAGUCUUCUACCAAGUUUUGGGAUGCCUACAGCUUCCCCAUGAUACUUCUCUGCGAGAGAGGCUUGUUGAGAAUCUGGGUGUGGGUACUGAUUCUUCAAGAUGCUCAAACAUAUACUCAUUGAUUGAUGGAUUUGGAGAAUAUGACCCACGUUCUUUUUCCCUAUUUGAGGAAGCUGCAUCACUUGGAGUUGUUCCUUUGGUGUCUUUUAAAGAAAGCCCUAUUGUUGUUGAUGCUAGGAAUCUUCCAAUUCAUGCUGCUAAGGUGUACCUCUUAACAGUCUUGAAAGGUCUCAAGCAUCGGUUUGCUGCUGGUGCAAGGCUGCCCAACGUAAUCAUCUUGCUGCCUGUUGAGAAGAGACAAAUUACAUCCCCCAAAGGAGAUAAACCAAUUAACCUGGCAGGAAAAAUGGGUCAAGAAACUGGCGCCAUGCUGCGGAGGCUGAGACUACCUUACCAAGGAAAUGAAUCAUAUGGGAAAAUCAGAAUUAAUGGGCUUGCUUUGAAACGGUGGUUUCAACCCAAGCUUCAUGCCCCCUUCAGUGGGAAACCAGCAAAAUUGAGCUCAUCGCAAACACGUUUGGGCGAAGGAAUCAGUGAUCAGCGACGUAACAUCCGAGCCGGCAAUCUAUCUCUGGAGUGGAACCUUGAUGCAGACAUCAGAAGAAGAGAAAACUAAUGAUGCAGACAUUGAUAAAUAGAAGAGAGCACUAAGUAGGGAUUUUUUACCAAUUAGGAUAUGCGGGAAUGUAUGAAAUCUCAUUUCUACCCAUCUUACCCAAUCUAAGGCCAUGGACCCAAGCGGGCCACAAGUCAAGAUUCACCCCUUGUAUCUGAAGACAAUAAAAAAAGUGAGUUUUAUGGAUUAGAUUCUAUUACAGAAUGAUAUAGUAUUGUUUAAUUA